AGAGACAGGUUUACGUAUAUACAUAUAAGCAGACCUAUCACCUAUAUAUACCUGUGUAAAGGUUGUGUGUGGCGAAAUCCACGGAAGUUGUCACACACACAUACAGCCACAUGGAGAACUCAGAACAAACCGGACCUUCUAAGAAGGCUCUGAAGAAGGCCCAGAAGGAUGCAGAGAAAGCAGCCAAGAAGGCAGAGUAUAAACAACAACAACAACAACAGCAGCAGCAGGAUGAGGAGGAAGGAGAGGAUGUGUCUAAAGGACAGUAUGGCAUGAUGGAAAUGAUCCAGUCUGCAAGCAAGCCGGACCGCCGUAUCGUUGACCUCAAACAGCUGACCCCUGACCUUAGUGACCAGAAAGUCUGGGUUAGGGCAAGGCUACAGACAAGCAGGAGUAAAGGUAAACAAUGCUUCUUUGUGCUGAGACAGAGUAAGUGGACGGUCCAGGCACUCGUUUAUGUUGGGGACAACGUCAGCAAACAGAUGGUCAAGUUUACUGCCGGAGUUACGAAGGAAUCUAUCAUAGAUGUGGAAGCAUAUGUGAGGACUGUCUCCCAGAAAGUCACUUCCUGUUCUCAACAGGAAGUAGAAUUACACUGUCAACAGGUGUGGGUAGUCAGCUCAGCUCUACCACGGCUACCACUACUAGUAGAGGACGCCUCAAGAGCAGACAACCCUGACGAUGAAUUAGCUACAGUAAAACAAGAUACUCGUCUAGAUAAUCGUGUGAUCGACCUACGCACCACUACAAACCAGGCCAUCUUUAGAGUGGAGGCUGGAAUCUGUAAAUUCUUUAGGGACUCGCUGACAAAGCAGGGAUUUGUGGAGAUCCACACACCCAAAAUUAUAUCAGCUGCAUCAGAAGGGGGCGCAAAUGUUUUCACUGUCUCCUACUUCAAGAACAAUGCAUACCUAGCACAGUCACCUCAGCUCUACAAACAAAUGGCCAUUUGUUCUGACUUCGACAAGGUCUUCACAGUCGGAGCAGUGUUCCGAGCGGAGGAUUCCAACACCCAUCGUCACUUGACAGAGUUUGUGGGACUGGACAUGGAGAUGGCCUUUAAGUAUCAUUACCAUGAAGUCAUCGAUGUUAUAGGAAACAUGUUUGUCUCUAUCUUCAAAGGUCUCCGUGACAACUUUCAGGAAGAGAUAGCAACCAUCAAUAAACAGUUUCCUGCAGAGCCGUUUAAAUUUCUGGAACCAAGUCUGCGCCUGGAGUACGUGGAAGCAGUCCAGAUGCUGAGGGACAAUGGCAUUGAGAUGGACGAUGAGGACGAUUUAAGUACACCCAAUGAGAAAUUCCUUGGAAGACUUGUUAAAGCAAAGUAUGAUACCGACUUCUACAUCUUGGACAAGUUCCCUCUGGCAGUUCGUCCAUUUUACACAAUGCCAGACCCGCACAACAAGAAAUGGUCCAAUUCUUAUGACAUGUUCAUGCGAGGAGAGGAGAUCCUGUCGGGUGCCCAAAGGGUCCACGACCCCAGCUUCUUGUCUGAGAGAGCCAAACAUCAUGGAAUAGAUUUAGAGAAAAUAAAGGCCUACAUUGAUUCCUUCAAAUACGGAGCACCACCUCACGCUGGUGGUGGUAUAGGUAUGGAGAGAGUUUGUAUGCUGUACCUCGGCCUAGACAAUAUCAGGAAAACGUCCAUGUUCCCACGUGACCCCAAGAGACUCACACCAUGAGUUAGAUAUACUCAGCCAAUCAGCUGCUGUUAACAUUCUCAGUGAAUUAUGGGAAACAAAGUUGACCAAUCAGCAGUUGUUUUGCGUAAAAAAUUUUCAACCGGCUGUUUUUGUCAUUAAUGUUUUAGUUAAAAGGUUUACCCGGUAAAUACUACAAUAUAGUGCUAAAGACAACAAUGUAAGGGAUAUGUAUAUGUGUUUGUUUUGUCAAAUAAUUAGGGGUACUAGACAUUCUUUUUCUUUCUCAAUUUUGUAUCGUGUGUUACAGGUACAAUAAUUGAACUUUAGUUCAAUAGAACUAUUUCUACAACAGGUGGUUGUCAUCAUACUCUUAAAAAUAUGUUUCUUUUUACAUGUAGUUUCUAUUUGACAUUAAUUAAUAAAUGAAAGAUUUGCCAUCUUAAUUUAGCUCUGUUUGACAUUGCAGAAAAAUAAAUGGAAAAAUCAUCUAAGUAAUGAAUGAUGAUGAAGAAAUAGUAAUCUUUUGGAACUUUGUUGAUUCCAAGCUUGUUUCAAAUAUUCAAUUCACUCUGAAGAAAUUAAGCCAUGAUCAGUAUUGUAAUAAAUAAAAUCUGCCUUCAUUAGGCUGGAAUCAUACAAGUGUUGGUGUAUGGGAAAUCUGGUAUCAUUUUUAUAUACGUGAAUCAUGUCUUUAUUAAUCAACCACCGCUCUAUCACUAACAGAUAAUCACAUAGUGUUACUUACAGUUUUUCCAUUUCAACAGAAAUGCAUUUUGUUAGCGAUCGUUUAUAAACUUUUUGUGUUACAUUUUUACGUUCAUAAUUAUGUAAGGAAUUUCAUUACUGUUAUCGCAUUAGAAGGAAACCAUCAUUCAGAUGAUACUUUCAUUCUCCUUUUGAUCAGAAAUGAUCUUGUAAUUUCUAAACUUGGAAGAAAAAGUCUCAAGAUAUCAUAAGAUAUAGAUAUUUUCAAUUUACAUGGUACCGGCAGUAAAACCCCACAAAAGUGUUCACAAUUAAUAUUUCUAUAUUGAGAGGGAUAUAACACAAUUUUGUUGUUGUGACAUAUCUUUCAUGUUUUUUAUUCUAAGUAAGUUCAAACUUCAGCAAAUUAUUGGGUUUAAUGGUAUCCAGUGAAUUUUAGGUUCUCAAUUUUUAAUUAUUAUAUUUUUUGUAAUAACAGAUUACUUACAUUUUUAUAGUUGAUUUUGCACGUGCUAUUAUAACAUAUAAUAUAUAUAAUUUUAUGUAAAAUGCAAUAUUUUCUCAUAUGAGGCAAUGGGGCAGUUAUGUACAAUGAUGAACCCUUAAAUUUGAUGUAGGAUUGAUAAAGACACUUCGCCGCCGAGUGUUAUUUCCCUUAAUUAAAGGCGGUGAAAAACUAGCUCUAUGGCUUGAAAAAAAAAGGACUCAGUGAUGUCAAGUUUUACCUACUUUACCUGUAGAAAAAUUAGAAAACGUCUUUUUUAAAGUUUCUGACAUCAACAGUUUAAAAUAUAAUCUUACAAAAACGCCAGUGUAAGUAUGUUCUAUGCAUGAAUAUAAUUGUAUUUAGCAUUCAAUGAAUUUUAGGGCGAAAGACUGAACGCCCUUCCAACCUUCAUAUUGAAGUAUAGUAUACCAGCAUUGAAUCUCCGUCUUAGCAGUGAUGAGGGCAUGAAGACUUCACUGUGCAAUUAAUUUUUUGUUUCCCCAAUAUUACCUCUUACCUGUUUUGUGAAAUGAAGUAUCUAGAAAAAUAUCAUAUUAUUUUAUAUAAAGUAUAUAUUAAGAUUA